AUGGCUUCUACCUCUUCCCCUACGCCUUCACAAUCAACUCACAAAUUCACUUACGAUGUUUUCUUGAGUUUUAGAGGUGAAGAUAUUCGCAAAACCUUUUUGGAUCAUCUUAACCAUCAUCUCAAACAGAAAGGAAUUCAUACCUUCAAAGAUGAUGAAAAAUUAAAGAGGGGAGAGUGUAUUGCUCCGACUCUGUUACUAGCUAUUAAAGAAUCAAGAAUUGCAAUUAUCAUCUUUUCCAAAAACUAUGCAUCGUCAACAUGGUGUUUGGAUGAAGUUGCAACCAUCAUGGAAUGCAAAGAAAAGUUUGGCCAAGUUGUGGUGCCAAUUUUUUACGACGUCGAGCCUUCACAUGUGCGCAAUCAAACAAGAAGUUUUGCUAAAUCGUUUACAAAACACCAAAAAUUUUUCAAAGAUGAUAAGGGGAAGGCGAAAGUUGAAACAUGGAGGAACGCUUUGAGAGAGGCCAGCAAAAUUGUAGGACACGAUUUACAGGGUGAUAAAUACAACGGGUAUGAAUUAGCAUGUAUCCGAGGAGUUAUUAAUGACAUAUUCAAACUGCUUCCAACCCAAAGCAUUCAGAAAAAUUUAGUGGAUUUAGAAUCACAACUUAAGAACAUAAGUACCUUGAUGAAAAUGUCUUUUAGAGAUGAUGUUAAAUUAAUAUUGGGCAUUUGGGGUAUGGGCGGUAUAGGGAAAACAACCCUUGCAAGAGCUGUUUUUGCUCAAUUAACCGAAAGGUUUUAUUACGCUUGUUUUCUUGCUGACAUUCGAGAAAAUCAUAGUAAACAUGGACUGGUAGCCUUGCAAGAGAAACUCGUAUCAAAACUUUGGAUGGAUAGUUCAAUGCGUAUAGAUGAUGUGGAUCAAGGAAUUCAGGUGAUCAAGGAAAGGCUCGCAUGGCGAAAAGUGUUGAUUGUUCUUGAUGAUGUAGAUCAACAGGAACAAUUAGAUAAAUUAGUUGGAGACGGUGAAUGGCUUUGCAAAGGUAGUUUAGUUAUCAUAACUAUCAGAGACAAGCAUUUAUUCACUCAAUUUGGAGUUGCCGUUGAAUGCUAUGAAGUUAAGAAAUUGGAUAAAGAAAACGCUCUUCAACUAUUUAGUUGGCAUGCUUUUAAGAAAGAAUCUCCAAAUAAUGGAUUUGUAGAUUUGUCUACAUCUUUUGUAACUUACGCUGUUGGUCUUCCAUUAGCUCUUAAAAUUUGGGGCUCUUUUCUAUGUGGACGAGACAAUAAACAGUGGAAAAGCACACUGGAGAUGAUUAAAACCAUCCCAGAUGAGGAGGUUAUUGAGAAGCUUAAGAUAAGUUUUGAUGGGCUCAAAGAUGGAGAGAAAAGGAUAUUUUUGAGUAUAGCAUGUCUAUUUCGUAAAAAGAGUAGAGAUUAUGUAGAAGAGGUACUUAAGAGUUGUGAUUUACAUCCUGGCAUUGGGAUAUCAGUGCUUAUUGAAAGAUCUCUUGUCUUUGAAUCAAAUGGAUGCAUGGAUAUGCAUGAUUUGAUUCAAGAAAUGGGUUUGCGCAUUGCAAGAGAAAAUCCUAGGAGGAGGAUGAUAUGGCAGCUUGAUGACCUGUUAGAUGAUGUGGAUCAUGAAGAGAUGGAAGGUGUUUUGGUCACAUUCAGAGAUCGAUAUAGCUAUAAUGAAAAUAUUAGUUGUCUCAUUGAAGCUUUGAAAGGGAUGAAAAAAUUGAAGAUACUCAUAGUUGAAGGGUAUGGUAAUGAUUUUUACAGUAAGACGAAUAGGUCAGAGUUUGAGGAAAGUUUUGGUAGGAACAUUAUUGAUAAUUAUCUUCCUAGCAGUUUGAGUGGCUUCAUUUCUCAUAUUAUCAUUUAUUUUCAUUACCCAAAAGCUUUAAUCCAUCAAAGCUUGUUGGGUUUCAUUUACCUCAUAGUUCACUCAAAACCUGCAUCAUAA